AUGAGUGCUACGGAUUCCAAUCAACAUAACCUGCAAAUUUCAUCCCAGCAUAAUUGCAUAGGAUGCACGCAGCCGGAUGAAAUCCAGGAUAUGGUGGCAUGUGACGAGUGCUCCCAGUGGUGGCAUUAUAAUUGCGCCGGAGUAAAUGCCUCUAUUGCCGACAAAUCGUUCCGUUGUGCCCAAUGUACCGGAAAAUCCAGGAAAACGAAUACUUCUUCGUUCCAUACAAUGCGAUCCACUUCCUCAAAACAUUCAACAUCUUCGCUGGCCCGGCUCCGGUUGCAACAGCUGGAGGAGCAAAAACAGUUGGAAGAUAGAUUGAGGAAAGAAAAGGCAGAGCAAGCAGAGAAGGAUCGAUUACUCCUAGCAGAACAAGCCGAAAAAGAUCGCUUCUAUCUGGCGGAAAAGCACCAACUACAAUUGGAAUUGCUGGGCGAAGAAUCUCAAGCAGGAAGCGAACGUAGUUUCGAGUCACGGGAGCAGCUGACCGAAAAGUGGAUCCAAAAUCAGGACAUCGGUAAUGAAAACCUGUUGGCUUCAUCCACUCCUGUAGCGGCCCCGGUACAUACUGGUGCGGUGCCGAAAAUCUUACAGCUGCCAGCGAUAGAGGAGGAAUAUUGUAGACCGGAAGAUUCACGAAUAGUCCAAGGAAGGCGACCAGAGGCAGCAACUAACAAGAAAUGCAGCAUAGGUUACGCUAAACUUCCCCCAGCAGUACUGGGCACAAGGGAGUCUAGUUUAUCCCGGAAUUGUUGGCCAAAUUCUGAUGUUCAGCGUCGAUCGUCGCAUCCAUUCAGUAUGACAGUGGAUCAAAAUCCCCAGCCGAGAUUUUCUUAUUCAGAACUAUCAGAGCCGGUAGAUGUUUCCGGAGGUUCGUGGUGUCGAGAAAAUAAUCCCCCUCCAAAUUCUCCACCUCUGCUCAACAAUCAACUCGUUCAGCAGCAGCCUGUACUGCUCAAUGCCCAGCAACUCGCAGCAAGGCACGUCGUAUCCCGGGAUUUACCCAGAUUUUCGGGUGAUCCAUUAGAAUGGCCGGUGUUCCUUAGCACUUUCGAAUCGACCACGGCCAUGUGCGGAAUUCAACCAGACGAGAACCUGGUUCGCCUUCAAAAGUGCCUGGUAGGAAGUGCGAGAGAAAAAGUUCUGAACCUGCUCACAAUUCCAUCAGCGGUUCCAGAAAUUAUUGCUACCCUCAGGGAAGAGUGUGGCCGACCCGAUCAAUUGAUACAUUGUAUGCUGUCUAAAAUUCGCCGUGGCAGUCUGCCAAAUGCAAACAAAUUGGAAACUCUCGUUAGUUUCGGACGUGAAGUGAGGAAUUUGGUGACGUACAUUGAAGCCGCUCGUUUACAGUCCCACCUGACUAAUCCGGAGCUCCUUUCCGAACUGGUGUUUAAAUUGCCUCCAAGUUUACGCCUUGAGUGGGGAAAACUCCUAGAAAACGUUCCGGAGCCGUCGCUAAGGGAUUUCUGCAAUUAUGUGUCAUCGCUCAGAACCGCUGCAUGCAAAGUCACUCCACCAGCUGACCUCGCAAUGGAUGGUCAAAUUCGAAGAGGAACCCGCAAAGAAAAAGAAACAGGCUUUCUCAAUACUCAUCAGGAGGUUUUCUCGAAAACGGAGAACACUUUGCCGAAGCAGAAAGGAGAUCCCAGACCCUGUUUAGCGUGUGAUAGGAAGGGCCACAGGGUCCGCGACUGCGAGAGAUUCAAGAAAUCUUCGUUGGACGAUCGUCUGAAAGUAGUGCAGGAGAAACAACUGUGUCGACGAUGCUUGGCACCACACGGCAAGUGGCCGUGUCGAACGAGACAACCCUGCGGUGUGGACGGUUGUCAGGAAAUGCACCAUAUGUUGCUCCAUUGUAAGCCAUCGCCAUCCACCUCGUAUGGUGCAUCCGGAAUUGUAACAACACAUCGACACAAACAAAAUUCCACGCUUUUCAAAAUCAUACCGGUUAUGCUACAUGGGAACGGCAAGUCUUUAUUGGUCCACGCAUUUCUCGAUGAUGGGUCCGACUUGACUCUCAUCGAAAGCAAAGUCGCCGAUGAACUGGGCCUAGACGGAGUAGAAAGACCUCUAUGCAUAGAGUGGACAGGUAGCGUAUCACGGAAUGAAGAUUCUUCUCGUGUCGUGCAGCUGACGAUAUCCAAGCCGAAAAGUGAAGAAAGACAUGCCCUGACGAAUGUGCGCACCGUUCCAGAUUUGGGAUUACCGAAGCAGUCGUUGAACUACGACCAAUUGGCAAAAGAUUUCCCCCAUCUUCGUGGUUUACCGAUUUGCAGCUAUACCGAUGUUACUCCCAAAAUAUUGAUUGGAGUCGACCAUGCAAGACUGAAGUUAACGCUGAAAAGAAGAGAGAGAAGUGCUGGUGAACCCGUGGCAACCAAGACGAGAUUAGGCUGGGUUAUUUUCGGUGGACAGAGUGCUACGAAUAAUCUCGCCCGAACCAUGGUCCACACCUGCAAGUGCAGCAAAGACGACGAAUUACACGAUCUUGUCAGAGAGUAUCUAGCAGCCGAAAGUAUGGGCAUUGCCGAACAUGCUCCGCCAGAAACCAGCGAAGAUCAACGUGCCCGAAGAGUCUUGCAAGAAACUACAAAGCGCACUCCGUCCGGGAAAUACGAAACUGGUCUCCUCUGGAAAUUCGACGAUGUGAGUUUCCCACUCAGUUACUCGAUGGCCGAACGUCGCUUACAAUGCCUGGAGAGACGUCUUUCAAGAGAUCCAGCAUUGAAGGAAAACGUGAAUCAACAGAUCGAAGAAUACCAGAAACUUGGCUACGCACAUAAGGCAACCGAAAAUGAACUCCGAGAACGGGAUCCGAACAAGGUGUGGUACUUGCCCAUUGGUGUCGUCCAGAACCCCAGAAAGCCUGGCAAAGUCAGGGUCGUCUGGGACGCCGCUGCGUCAGUGAAUGGAACAUCACUCAAUUCAAUGCUCCUCAAGGGGCCUGACCUCCUGACGCCCUUGCUGAAUGUUCUUUGCCGAUUUCGUGAGAGGCAGUACGCAAUUGCAGGUGACAUCCGCCAGAUGUUUCACCAGAUUUUGAUUCGUGGUGAAGACAAGCAAUUCCAGCGUUUUUUGUGGCGUACCGAUCCGAAAGCACCUCCUGAUGUCUACAUUAUGGAUGUGGCCACGUUUGGAGCGACGUGUUCUCCCUGUUCCGCUCAAUAUGCGAAGAAUCUGAACGCCUCCGAACAUCGUGACCGUUAUCCAGAAGCAGCAGCCGCCAUCGUAGAAGGCACGUAUGUCGACGACUUUCUCGAUAGCAGAGAUUCAGCGAGAGAAGCUGUCGAAAUUGCGCAAGGAGUGGUCACAAUAAACGGUGCAGCUGGCUUCCAAAUCCCGACGUGGCAAUCGAAUUCCAUCGAAGUUCUUCGAGAGAUCAGCAACGAAAGCGAAAACUCCACGAAACGUUUUUCUGUGGAUAGAAUGACAGCAACGGAUCGAGUUCUUGGGAUGGUUUGGCGGCCAAGCCCAGACGUCUUCGUAUUUGAAAAUGUAUUUCGUGAUGAUCUUCAGACACUGCUAACCGGACACAUCAUUCCCACCAAACGUCAAGUUCUUCAGGUGGUAAUGAGCCUUUUCGACCCCCUGGGAAUAGUCGCAGCCUUCACCAUCCACGGAAAAAUCCUCAUGCAGGAUAUAUGGAGGUCAGGUGUGAAUUGGGACGAGUCUAUCCGGUUGACGGAUUUCGAAAACUGGAAGCGCUGGAUAGGAGUGCUUCCCGACUUAGCGAAGGUGACGAUUCCAAGAUGUUAUUUCCCGAACUACGAUCCUAUUAGCUAUGAUUCUCUGCAACUGCACAUCUUCACAGAUGCAAGCGAGACAGCUUACGCUUGUGUGGCAUUUUUUAGAAUCGUCGAUCGAGGAUCACCGAGAUGCUGUCUAGUAGCUUCGAAGGCGAAAGUUACCUCACUUCGACCACAGUCGAUUCCUCGGAACGAGUUGAAUGGUGCAGUCAUUGGAGCGCGACUAAUGGAGUCCAUUGUAGACAGUCACCGGUUGAAGAUAUGCAAGCGAUAUUUUUGGACCGAUUCAUCCGUAGUGAUUUCGUGGCUUCAUGCCGACCCACGAAAGUACCGGCAGUAUGUAGGAUUCAGAGUUGGUGAAAUCUUAUCGAAAACUCAAGUCGACGAGUGGCGCUGGAUAGCGUCAAAGCUGAACGUUGCGGAUGCUGCGACAAAGUGGGGCAGUGGUCCCAAUCUCGAUCCGGACAACCAGUGGUUCAAAGGGCCCGAAUUUUUAUACCUACCAGAAUCCGAAUGGCCGUCACGUAAGUUGAAUCUGCCGGAACCAACCGAAGAGGUUAAGAAGGUAUGUGUGCAUCGAGAAAUAGAUCAACCCCUUAUCCCAUACACUACCUUCUCACAAUUCGACAAGCUCGUCAAGCACAUAGCCUAUUUGUUUCAUUUUUACCAUCGCUGUCGAACCAAAAAUAGAACUGAGAGUACCAUACUAUCUGUAUCGCUCGAGCAAAAGGAUUUCGAGUCAGCUGAGGUUUCCUUGUGGAAAAUGGUUCAAGAACAAGAAUUCGGCGAUGAACUUAUGAUUUUGCGAAAGAACAUGUAUCUUCCUUUUGAGAAGCGCAAACGAUUGUUGAGAUCAAGUCCUAUUUUAAAACUCAACCCGAUCCUAGACCCAGAAGGUAUUUUGAGAGCCGAAAGCAGAAUUGGUUCGGACGCGCUCUACUAUCCGUACAACUUUCGUAAUCCGAUAAUUUUGCCGAAGAGCCACCAUGUUACGGAGCUACUUCUGAUGAAGUAUCAUCAACGCUUCGGACAUGCCAAUUCACAAACAGUCCUGAAUGAAAUACAACAAAAGUUCUAUGUGCAAAACCUUCGUACUCUUGUGAAAUCCGUGGUCAGAAAAUGUAUGUGGUGCAGAGUUUAUCGGGCCAAGCCAGCUGUACCAAAAAUGGCCCCGCUACCUCACCCCCGAAUUCGUCCAUAUGUACGGCCUUUUACGUUCACCGGGGUCGAUUACUUCGGACCCUUAGUAGUCAAGCGUGGUCGUAGUAAUGUCAAACGUUGGGUGUGUCUGUUCACGUGCUUGACAGUACGCGCCAUCCAUUUAGAAGUCGCUCACUCAUUGUCAACCGAAUCGUGCAUCCGAGCCAUUCGUCGCUUCGUCGCCAAGAGAGGACCGCCACAGCAUAUCUUUAGCGACAAUGGCACGAAUUUUCGAGGUGCCGCCAACGAGCUCGCAACGCAGAUGAAAGCCAUCAAUAAGGAGGCCGCCAGAACGUUCACCAACGCAGAAACCGAGUGGCACUUCAACCCGCCUUCCACCCCCCACAUGGGUGGGGUGUGGGAAAGAAAAGUCCGUUCAGUGAAGGAUGCCUUUAAGGUAGUUGCACCACGGAAUCGAUUAGACGACGAAGAACUCUUAACGUUUCUGGCUGAGGUCGAGAUCAUCGUCAAUUCGCAUCCUCUUACAUUUGUGCCACUGGACUCUCAGAAUGAUCCUGUACUUACUCCUAAUUGUUUCCUGCUUAUGACAUCGAGUGGUUCCUGUGCACCGAAGGUGGAAAUUGGUUCGACGAGUAACCUGAAAGCUAAUUGGAGAACGAUGGAAGAAAUUUUAAAUCAAUUUUGGAAACGCUGGAUCGAGGGCUAUCUACCAACAAUAGCAAGGCGGACCAAAUGGUACCAUGAUGUUCGACCGUUGCAGGAAGGAGACCUUGUUGUAAUCGUGGACGAGACCGUGAAGAACGGAUGGUUACGAGGGCGUGUAAGCCGUUCUUAUCCAGGAUCUGAUGGGCAAGUUAGGAGAGUAGACAUAGAAACUAGCUCAGGUGUAUUACAGCGAGGAGUUGCCAAGGUAGCACUGUUAGAUCUAGAUGUGACAGGUAAAACCUACUAG